UCUGAAAGAGAUGGGAGUGGAACUUCGAAACGUGAGCUCGCAUUGCUCCGUCGAGAGGCAGCGAUCGUUCGACGGUGAUGAACCUGACGGUGGAGCUGUGGAGGCCGGCGGUGGCUAGUGAAGAUUUUAACAGCCAAGGGUAAAUGGUAUUACACACUAUUUUACACGUCAGUGCAUUCUUAGGUACUCUCGGAGGUACUUUCGGAGUUAGGAGAAAUAAUGUUUCCUCUUCUCACAUGGUGGCUCCAUUAUGAAUUUAAUAAGUGGUGAGAGAAGAGAGCAUCAUUAUCUGUGUUCUAGAAACACUUAAGAAUUACUCGUGGCAUGUGUGUACGAAUGUGUAAAACAGUGUGUAUAUAACAAACACUUCUAGGAAAAAUUUGCUAAAUUGCAUAAUUUUAGGAAAAAUUUGCUAAAUAGCAUCUGACCAAAGUUAUUAGAAUUAUGUUUAAUUUUUUGAGCAAAAGAAUUAUGUUUAAUUAGAUUGGCAUAAUGCUUGGAAACUCGAGUUCCAAAAAGAUGUUACAUAACUAAAUAACUUUUGGCCCUGUGCUUUUUUCCUACAUUAUUUCUAAAAUUAUGCUAUUUGGCAAAAAAUGAUGUGACAUGUAUUUGGGUUUGUAGAUUUGACACUUUGUAUUUCUGACUUGGUGAUGAUGUGUUUAUUUUUUACUUUUUGUCACUUUGUUAUUGGUCCAUUUGAUCAUACUGAUAAUUCAUGGAUGAGCAAUGAUUGAUAAGACAAAGAAAAAGUGAAAAAUUAUUCAAAGAAAGACUUGAGGGUUGACUGUUGGCAAUGAUUCAAUAACUAGAAAUAAUUUAAUGAGAACAGCAAGAGUACCCCUUGUUUAUAACUUGCAUAUGCAUUUGCACACUCUUAAAAUCCUUUGAAAAGCCUGUGAAAUGGCUGCAAGUCAAGUUCAUUAGUUUCAAUCCCAUGUUAUAUAUUUAUAGAUAUAUUGUUUAGUUUGGAGGUUGAUUCUUUAUUUUCUGACAUUGUAUCUUUGAGAAGCUUUAAGUUAUGAGCCUCCGUGGGCAUCGGAAAGAAAAUGGUGUGAGGAAUCAUGAUAAUGAGAGGCAAGUUCUCAUGAAUGAUGGAGUUGAUCCAGGGAAACAAGGAACAAUGAGAAAGACAAUUCUUCAGAAUCUUAAACUAGAGAAUAAGUACCUGCAAAUGUGGAAUAUGAUGUUUGUUGUUUCUUGUACAAUUGCAGUAUCAGUGGAUCCUCUGUUCUUUUAUCUUCCCGUGAUCAAUGAAGAAAACAAGUGCCUAGCAUUGGAUGAUAAAUUAAAAAUUGCAGCUAUUUGUUUGCGAUCAGUCACCGAUAUGGUUUAUGUCAUGAAUAUCAUUUUGCAAUUUCUUUGCCCUUCUAUAGAUGAGGCUCCUCUGAAACUUGGACGAACUGUGUUAGUUACAGAUGCUUGGCGAAUAGCAAAGAGGUACUUGUUGUCCUACUACCUAAUCGACAUUCUUGCUAUUCUUCCCAUCCCACAGGUGGUAGUGCCCAUUAUUUUUUCGGAAAUGAGGGGCUCAGGAUUCUUGAAUAAAAGGAAGUUCCUGAAUGCUGUUGUUCUUUUCCAAUAUGUGCCAAGAGUUCUACGAAUCUACCUAUCAUGGAGGAAACUUAUCAGCACUGACAACAACCUUUCCAGAAUUGUAUGGGUGAAAGCUGCUUUCAAUUUCUUUCUAUAUAUCCUUGCCAGUCAUGUGCUGGGUGCCUUCUGGUAUUUCUUUUCUAUCGAACGAGAGACAGCUUGCUGGCACAUAGCCUGUAGAAAUCAUAUUGGAUGCAAUCAAAGUUCAUUUAACUGUCGUUAUAGUGUAGGAAAUCAAACAUUUUUAAAUGAUUAUUGCUCAGUAGAGACACCAAAUGCUGCAACUCCUUUUAAUUUUGGAAUAUUCAUUGAUGCCAUUAAAUCUGGUACCGUGGCAUCCAAUGAUAUUCCUAAAAAGUUUGCAUACUGUUUCUGGUGGGGCCUGCGAAAUUUGAGUUCUCUUGGUCAAAACCUUCAAACAAGUACUUAUAUCUGGGAAAAUUGCUUCGCUGUUUCGAUUUCAAUCUUCGGCUUUCUGUUGAUUUUGUAUUUCAUUGGAAAUUUGCAGACAUAUAUGCAAUUAGCAACUCAAAGGUCGGAGGAGAUUAUACAAAAGUUGAAAUCUAAAGAACUGGAUGUAAAGUUGUGGAUUCAUAGAAACGAGCUCCCACCUGGUCUAGAAUACGAGAUCAUGCACAACAUUCCACACAUACUAGAAGAAAAGAAAGAUAUUGAUGCAGAGAAGCCACUUCUUCAUCUUCCCAUAGAACUCAAAAGGAAGAUUAAGCACCAUCUUUGUGAGCCUCUUCUAAAGAAAGUGCCAAUGCUUGGUAAAAAAAACCAACUGUUGCAAAUGAUAUGUGACUAUCUCAAGCCAGUGUACUACAAUGAGCACAGCUAUAUUGUUCGGGAGGGAGAACCACUUGAUGCAGCGAUUUUUGUCACGCAAGGCAUUAUAUGGAGCUUCGCAACCAGUAAUGGUGAGGGUACUGUCUCCUCAGGGGCUCAGUGCAUUGAAAAAGGUCAUUUUUAUGGACAAGAUCUUCUAGAUUGGGCUUUGAACGACUCCCCCACAUCACUUGACCUAUCCAAGCUCCCAAUCUCUACAAAAACUGUCAAAACCCAUGCAAAAGUUGAAGGCUUUGCUCUAAUGGCCAACGAUUUGAAGACUGUAGUUUCCAAAUGGAAAACCGAAGCAGCUUCUGCUUUACAAGCCGCAUGGCGCCGCCGCAGCCAUCCUGAAAAGAAGAAUGAAAAGCCUUCCCAGUCGGCUUCAGAAAACAAAAACUAGCUAUCAUGCUGGUUAAGCUGCUUUUAGAAUAAAAAUUCAGAAGUUCCUGAUGUUGUUGUUGAAAAGCUAGUUCGCUAGUGAUAGAGUUGCUAGUUUUUUGAAAUUAGAUGAUGAACACAUUAGGCAAUAACCCCGGAAUGGGGACAAAAUAUUUGUUUUAAUUGCUUUGAAUAUUGUUUGUAAGAGCCUUUUAAAGCUUCAUUUUU